AUGGCAAGGUCAGCGGCAGGGACGACAAUGGCGGGUGUUGUGGUGGUGAUGUGGUGGUGUAUGGUGGUGCAGAGGCUGGAAGCUACAGUUUUCACCGUUGGUGAGAGCAGUGGAUGGGUUGUUGGUGUUGAUUAUGAUGCCUGGGCUAAAUCCAAGAACUUUAAACUUGGUGAUUUACUUGUGUUCGAUUAUUCAAGUGCCUAUGCAAUAGAUGAAGUCUUUGAAAAUGACUACAACACAUGCAAUAUCGAUCAUCCGAUCAGCUCCGACAACAGCGGCUCCACCGUCAUUUCUCUCCUCAACGCCGGCCCUAAUUACUUCAUCUGCGGUACACCUGGUUAUUGUGCCCAAGGCAUGAAGUUCAUCGCUAAUGUUACCGCUUAAUCUCCGGCCGAUAUUAAUCCAUUCAUCAACCACACACCAUUGGGGCCUUUUCCAUAACUAAUUUUGUUAUGACUUUGCUUAUCUUAUUUUUCAAUUUUUUUUAUCCAAAAAAAUCUUAUAUUUAAAUAAAGGGAUAAAUUUCAAAAGUA